UUACGAUGUUAUAUUAAUGUAUAAGGCAUAAAACAUACAACAGAACAGUGAAUUGUGGUAGAUAAUAAUAUUGUUAUAGGAGUUACGCUGAAAGAAUCAACUACAACGUUCAUAUUCAACUUCAGUCAUUUAGGAAAUGAAGGACGCUGUGCUGCCUUUGGAUAUUAAUUUCCAAUCGAGUGAUAAAUAUUAUUAUUUAUUUCACCAUAUUCGCUUUAACAAAAAUGAUCGAAAAUGAUUCAAGAAUUGAGAACAUUAUCGAAUUAUAGAAUUAGCAAGGCUUAAAUCAACUUCGUAAUGUCAAUGUUUUUUUCAAAUUGUAUCAUUUGUUGUUUAGUUUCUAGGUAAAUGUUAUUUUCUUAUAUUUCUAAUUAAGCAACAGCAAAGUUUUAUGGUAGUUAUUCUUAGUAUGUAAUUAAUAUUUUUGAUAAGACGUGGUGGAGUGACACUGUGAUUGUGUGCUUUUGUUGAAGUAUUCACUCAACAAGAAUUUCAUAAGAGGUGUGAAGUAUUCACAGAUAACCAGAGGAUCUUAAGAUGUGCGUGCGGUCCGGGGGGCCAUUGUGGCCUGGCUCGCCUUUUGUCCGAUGGCAGCCCCAAUGAGAAACCCGCAGGGUGUUCCAUACCAGCCCACGCCUUCUGCAAUUAAUUUUGACACUGAUGACAACAGCGAGUGGGACAUAGGCGUCGGAGACUUGAUCAUUGAUCUAGACGCUGACAUUGAGAAGGAAUCGGACAACAUGGCCUCUACCACUCCUGUAGAUUCCACACAGACCACUCAAGAGCAAGACCAUCGUGCCACAUUAGACAACAAAGGUCUCAAAAUGAAAAUAAAACGUACUAAGCCGGGGACAAAGACUUGUGAAGCAAAACAUGAGAUAGUGAAAAGUGCUCAUCAGAUAUCUCCCUUGCAAAACACACUCAAUGACAGUAAAAGUUCUGGACUACAAAAUGGUUCUAGUGUUAAUAAAAGAAAUGUGGCUAGUAAUAGUGCAGUCAAUGUUAAUAGUAAUAGCAAUAAUGCUAGUAAUCAUAGAAGGGAAAAAAGGGAGGCCGGGGUCGUCAACACUGGGCCUGGACCGCCAGAGGAGCUAGAUAAGACCACAGAGACACCAGACUUGGAUGCUCAACCCGUGCUUAAGAAACGCAAAGAAGAAACUAAGGACAUGUUGGAUGUAUGUGUGGGUACAUCAGUAGGAACUAUUACUGAACCUGAUUGCUUAGGACCAUGUGAACCUGGCACAUCUGUAACUUUAGAAGGGAUUGUCUGGCAUGAAACUGAAGGUGGUGUUCUAGUAGUUAAUGUUACAUGGAGAGGUAAAACCUAUGUCGGAACUCUUUUGGAUUGUACAAAGCAUGAUUGGGCACCACCUAGAUUUUGUGAUUCACCCAUAGAAGAAAUGGAUGCAAGAACUCCCAAAGGUCGUGGAAAAAGAGGCAGGGGACAAGCAACAGUAACGAGCUCAGGACUUUCAAAUGAUUUAAGUAAUUUUACUGAGACCAGGUCUUCUGUUCACAGUAAGCUGCGAAAUGGUGGUAAUAAAACAAAUAGAAAAACUCCUUCUGAACCAACCAAUCCAACGAUUUCGACUAAGGUAGAUAAGCGCAAAAGUCGUGUUGAUGAACCUCCAGAAACAACUGCUACUCCAGUAGCUCCUCCUGUGAAAAAGACUAAAAGUGUCAUAAAUCAUAGUCCCCCAGGGUCACCUUCACUUUUAGAAUGUCCUGAACCGAAUUGUAAUAAAAAGUACAAGCAUGCCAAUGGGCUGAAAUAUCAUCAGAGUCAUGCUCAUGGUGGAGAAGAUAAAGAAGAAAAAGAUACAAUAUCUGCAUCGGAAAAUGAUGAUUCUUCAAAUAUUGAUCCGCCAAGUCCUUGCACAGAGAAGGUGGUUGUUAAAAAAGAUGAAGCGAUGGAAAUAGCAAAAGAUGAUAGAUUUAGAGCCGCUCCACAGCAGUCAUUUAAUAAAGAAAAAGUUAUUUUGAAAAAGGAUGAGCCCAAUGAACUGCCUCCAAAGGAUGAGAGUUCAUGUGAUAAUACACUAAAAGCAAAACCCAUGUCAGAGUUGAUGCCUGAGGAUAAACAAAAGGUAUCAUGUAAUUUCAAAAAAAAAUUAACAAGGGGUAAAUCACCAUGUUUAAGAGAUGAUGAACAGCCUACUAGUCCUGCAUACUCAGAUAUUUCUGAUGAUGGAAACACAUCAGAUAAAAAUAAAGAUUCUCAGGCCGAAAUGGACAAAAAAAAUUCAUUUGGCAUUUAUCCAUUUUUUAACCAGCAACAAACUUAUGUCAGGACUACAGAACCUGGGAAGUGUGAAGAAAAGGUUGGCACUGCUUCUGAGAAAGAAGGCGAUAAACAUGAAAUGAUGAAUGUUUGUGAUAAAAAUUCACAGCAGCAUUAUAGCUAUCCAUACGGGUAUGUGACUACAGGAUUUCCAUAUGGUGUUGAAGGCAGUUUUGCUUUGCAGCAGGAUGACAAGGAAGAACAGCAACAACCAAAUCCUAAGCAGAAUAAUGACUCUAAAUCCAGCACUAUUGUGAUUCCAAAUAAUUCACAGGUAUUAAUUAAAGAUAACAAUAAACAUAUGAAUACAAGGCCCCCAUCUCCUCAUAAUAUUCGAGAACAACCAAUUUUACAACAUGGUACAAUGUCAUCACAAAACACCCCACAACCUCAGAAUGCAAAUGAUAAUCAUCAAAUUUUGAAAGAGAGCAUAGAAAUGAAGGAACAGAUGCGCGCUGGUUUUUUGUAUAGAGAAGAGGAUAUUAGAAGAUAUUACAUGUAUCCAGAUAAUCGUAGAAAAGAGGCAGAAUCAACACCUACGAAGCUUCAAGCACCUAUUAAACCAGCAAAAAGUCCAAAGCCUGCUACAAUUCCCAGUAAUGCAAUCAAAGUAGAAGAUUUUGUCAAGAAGGAAGAUAAUGUCAAAUUGCAACAAAAGGAUGGAUCUAAAGUGAAUGAUACUCAAAGUCAUCCUCAACAAUACGCUUAUAUCCAUUCAGGAUAUCUGCAAAGUAAUCCUUAUGCAGGAUUGGCCUUUGACUCAGCUCAUCCUGUAUACCGAAAUAUGAGCCCUGUGCAAUUGGUACCAAGUCCUUAUGGCGCAGGGCCGUAUUUACACAGGUUUCACAAUCCUGAAGACUUGUCUAGAAGUCAAAAUCAAACUCCAAAAACUAUUGAUAUCUUGCAGCAUGCUAAUCAGUUCUACCCUCACAAAAUUCAUGAACUUCAGGAAAGGGCUUUGAAAAGUCCACCUACGCCAAAGGGAGGGCAAGUUCCUUCUAAUACAGUCACUCAGGCAAAUAGCGGGGACCAAAAUCAAGUUGGAGAUAAAAGCAAUCCAGAAAAAAUAAAGACUGAAGAGGGGAAAGAGGGCCCACCCCCUCAACAUCAUGUGCACACACAUCACCAUACUCAUGUAGGACUCGGAUACCCUAUUAUGGCCCCACAAUAUCCAGCACCAUUUGGAGCAGGUGUAAAUGCAGCUGUCAAUGUAAUAAAUCAGUUUCCUCCCAAAUGAGGAGAAGCCCCCCCUCGAAAACAACUAAUGGGGGGAAAUGUGGGACUAAGGAGCAACAAGAAAGAAAAGAAAUCAGAAGAUGUAUGAGCACAUUUUACAAUUACAAUUCUUGUUAUUAGAUGUGAUUUGGAAAUAAAACAGUGAUAAAAGUCUUCGCUGUUGGUGUUGCCUUGAUUAUAAUGUAAGACAGUUGCAUUAUUAAUUAAUAUGAAUCUCAAACUUAAGCAUAUAGAUGAGUAUAUAUAAUAGUGUGUUAAGUUGUUUCUGAAAUUGUGACACUCAGAUGUCCAUGUAAAAUAAAUUUUAUGAUAUAUACACAUAAGUUAAAUACAUUU